UUCGCAUCUGCUGAGAUGGCAGGGAGAGCUGUGCUGGUCUGCGGCCCGCUGGGCUCUGGUAUGACCCGGAAAGUAGGAGGAGCAUCUGGAAUGUUAGAUGGGUCUAUUGAUUUGUAAAAACCGAUCAGUUGUAUUGAAGGGGUGGCUGUUUGUACGUUGGUGUUCCCUCUUUCUCGUCACCUUCCUGACUGCCCCUCUCUGUGCUGCAGAUGGGAUUUCAUCACAUGCCACCCAGAGGCCUCCAUACACAGAGGCGAGGCCGGGGGAGUCUGUGAGCUUCUCCUGCUCUGUCUCAGUGCUCGAUCUAGACGGCCUGUAUGUGAGAAGGAAGUUCACCCAGGAGGGUGAAGUGCUGUUUGUGAACAAAGACGGAAUAUUGACAGUAAAGCCCGGGUACACUGACAGACUGAUCACUACAGGAAAGCUGGAGGAUGUCAAAGUCACAUUCAGAGCACUGACAGAGGGAGACUCUGGGGUGUAUGUGUGUGAGUACUUCGCUCUUGAUAUGGGUACAGGUUCGAUGAAGAAACAUGAAGCUUCUGGUACCCUGCUUCUGGUCCGAGGAGAGAGACUGCAGCAGCAGCAGCAGCCCUGCGACAAGGACGAGGCCCUGAAGUUGACCCCCACCCUGAUGCUGAUCACAGCGAUGUCCGCCGGCUCCGUGCUCCUGCUGUGUGUGAUGGGCUUCAUCAUCUGGCAGUGGCCCAGGUUAAAGAAGUUCUUUGCGAAGCAGAGAUCUCAGAGCCGACGACAAAAUGAUACAGUGUAUGAGGACAUGCGCAAGCAUUAGAAUGAGGGCAGUCUGGUUGUUGUUUUUCUUUCAAAAACAAUACUUUUUGGUCAGCAGUGGUCCUUCUAUUUAUGUACAACAUUUAUAGGCUGUAAUAACAAAAAUGUUAUUGUUUAUAGAGUAAUGGCUUAAGAAUGCUAAAAGCAUUCUAUGUUAAAGUUACCUCAGUAGCAUGAAUUGCUCUGCAGUUUUUCCAUUGUGUACCAUAGGCAAACCUGUUCUCCUCUCGACUUGUUUCCUGACGCACAGAUAUAACAAGAUCGUAGAAAUUAAUUCCAAGCACAAUUUAUCCUUGCCAUUUUUUAAAUGUGUGAAUUUAUCAUUUUUGAAUAUUUCAAAAACAGCACACUGUUUAUUUUUGUACGUACCAAGGGGGAGAUGUGGUUUGUGAUAAGGCUGGUGGAAAUACAUCUAAGACCGUAAGAGUCUUGUUUUAGUGUUAUAUGUAUAGCUUCCUGCCCAUUGAAAAGGGGUAUCUUUAUUUUGUGUAUGUAUGUAGACUGAGGCACCACGCUUCACAGCACUGACAGGACGCUGUGGUUUUAAAACUGGCAGGGUUCCAGUCUAUCCUUGCUGCUCAGAUUGUAAGGCUUGGCAUAUAGAUCCUGUAUAUUUGCAGCUGUGAGGAAUGUGUUUUAUUGGUUAAUGAGUUGUCGCUUAGCUCGCUCCUUCUGUGUCCAGUUCAUCUGUAGCUCUGACCUGCUGGACGUAACUCCGGUCAAAACUAACACGGAACACGUGUGCCGGGAGACCCGGAGGUCACCCGGUGACCCACAAGGGGAAUGAGGUUUAGUGAGUCUUUACAGCCUCGCGGGCAGCACGUCGAAAAGCAAAAGACAAAUGCUUGUGAACGAGCCGGUGUCUUAUGUACCUCCUGGCUACAGAUCAUGCCCACACCUCUGCAAUGAGCCACAGAACAUUACAAUGAGUUGUCUGAAACAAGUCCCAUCAGUUCUGCUUAUCGCAGCACCUACCUCUUUCACUACCCCACUGACAUGUCUGCUGGUAAGGAGGAGCAGCACUGGCUCAGUCCUUUGUAACAUUUUUGAUUACAAUAAAAAGG